ACGCCUGGUCUUGCGUUCUGACGAGAAUGCUCCCUCUCUGUGUGCGAUUGCGAGUUCUGUUCACGGAAGUGUUAGGUCUCAUUGCUGCUGAGAUGUUUAUGAAUAUGCAUCUGAGAAGAGAACAGGAUCCGCCGAUACAACACAGACCUUAGCGACACAGGUCGGGUUCGUUACCAUUUACUGAAUCUAUAAAACGCAGCUCAGCCAAUCGAUUGUGUGUAUAUGUAGAGUCAUCGGUUUACAGAGAAGUUGGGCCUCUGAUCUCCAGAUAGACCUCAGCUGUGGAGUGUGAUCCCAUCCUAGAAUGAGUUCCUGAGCCUGGGCAUACCACACCCGGUCACUCCCUGUCCACUGGAGAGGGUAAGAAGCAGCUGCUGGGACAUCUGCUAAGUUAAGUCACGAUGGAGGAGUCGGAAGCCCUCACAGGCAGUGUGAACUCUGCCUACCUGUCCCCAGUGGAGUCAGGGGACGAGGAAGAGGAAGAGGAGGAGGACCAGUCCCCCCUGCUGACUGAGCAUACCCCGGCCCGAAGCCUGUACACCGCAGCUGGAGACAAACCCCAGGACCACUACAACCUGGUCUACAUCAUCUUCUUCAUCCUUGGGGUUGGCUCACUGCUGCCCUGGAACUUCUUCAUCACAGCCAAACAUUACUGGCUGUACAAGCUGACCAACAGCUCGUCCCCCAGCCACAGCUCCGACCUGAGCAAUUACUUUGAAAGCUACCUCUCUAUAGCAUCCACUGUGCCCUCUGUUCUGUGCCUGUUGCUCAACUUCAUCUUGGUUAAUAAGGUCUCUUCUGCAGUGCGGGUGCUGAGCUCCUUGGCGGUGAUGCUGGUGAUAUUCGUGAUCACCACGGCUCUGGUCAAAGUGGACACAUCGGCGGUGAUGCAGGAGUUCUUCGUGGCCACGCUGGUGUGUGUGGCCGUGGUCAGCGGGGCCUCCAACAUCUUCACGGGCAGCCUGUUUGGAGUGAGCGGAAGAUUCCCCAUGCGCAUCUCACAGGCGCUCAUCUCCGGGCAGGCGAUGGGCGGGACUCUGUGUGCUGUCGCCUCAGUGGUGGAUCUCGCGGCGGCCGCUGAUGUCACAGACAGCGCGCUGGCGUUCUUCCUGUUAGCUGAUGUGUUCGUGGUGCUGUGUAUCGUCAUGUACCUGCUCCUGCCUCGACUCACCUACUGCAGGUACUACAUGCAGAGCCCCGAGGAGAGAGCGUCGCCCCCCUGUGGUGUCUCUGGGAAUGGCACCCCCUCCGUCCCGCCCUUGCGCCCUAUCCUGCAGCGGACCGCGGUUCUGGGUCUCUGCGUCUUCUAUGUCUUCUGCGUCUCCAUUGUGGUGUUCCCGGCCAUCUCUUCCGGCAUCGAAUCCGUGAGCAAGGACACGGGCAGUCCCUGGACCACCAAGUACUUCACCCCGCUCACCAGCUUCUUUCUGUACAACGUGGCGGACUUCUGUGGGCGCCAGAUCACAGCCUGGGUCCAGGCUCCGGGGCCCAAGAGCCGGCUCCUGCCCGCCCUGGUGGCCCUUCGCACAGUCUUCGUGCCGCUCUUCAUAUUCUGCAACUACCAGCCCCGCGGCCACAUCCCCACCGUGCUGUUUGCCCAGGAUGUCUACCCCGUGGUGUUCGUCUCCCUCCUGGGCCUCUCCAAUGGCUACCUGGGCACCCUGCCUAUGAUCUACGGGCCCAAGAUGGUGCAGAAGGAGCUGGCGGAGGCGGCGGGCGUGGUCAUGUCCUUCUUCCUGACGCUCGGGCUGGCAGCCGGGUCUGCCUUUUCGGUUCUGAUCGUGCAUUAUAUAUAACAUAUGUUUUAAAGGAUGGCGUUUUAAAAAAGAAAAAAAAAAAGUUUUUUUUUUUUUUUAAUUAAUGUUUUCAGCAUUUUCUUAUCUCCAGCAAGUAAGAAAAACCUGUUAUGUUUGGACAAUAUUAUCAAAAAUAUGAAUCCUUAUCUUUUA